AUGUUAUUUAUGCAAGAACUGAAGUACAAAAAAGGUUUCAAAUUUGAUCAUGUCUGGAAUAUGGUUAAAAAUUUCGAAAAAUUCAAAGAUGAUGUCCCCACAGCAAGACAAGUUGGUCGAAGACAAUCCCAAAGUGUGAACUUCGACUCGUCACAAUCAGAUAAUCCCACUCCGGAAUCUCCUAUAUCAACAUCUCCUAGACUAUCAUCAUUUACUCCAUCUGAACGACCUAUUGGGGUAAAAAAAGCUAAAUUGAAAAGGAAAAAUGAUGAUCAUGAGUCAAGUGUAGUGGACUCCAUCGAGACCUCCAACAAUCGACUUAUAGACAGGUUAGACAAGGCGAGCUUGGACAGGCAAGAAGCAUUUGAUAUCGAACGAGAAAAGAUAGCCAUGAAAAAAGAUAGAGAUGAAUAG